AUGUUCAUUGGAACUGUUUCGGAUGUCGAAGGAACAACAGUUGCUGGUUUGGACAGAUCGAACCGUUGUUCAACAGCCACAGUAGAAAACCUAAGCACGCAGCUGGUGGCCAAGGAUUCCGUAGAACUAAAUUGGACCGUGCCAGACGACGUUCUGUCAUGUGUGAAAAUUAUCGAAAUUUUCGUUGGUCGUCAGAAAAUUGCGAUCAGUAAAGAGUCAACUUCAUAUACAUUCAAGGAUCUCAAGCAGUGCCAACCUUUCGAGUUGGAUGUGCGAAUCGUAUCCGUUGACGGGACCGUAGGUCCCGCAAAGGAAGCUAAGUUUCCUGUCAUGAACACAAGUGUUACUUUUUUAUCCACAACCGAAGUGAAUAUCAGUUGGAACUUAUUACCGGAAGCGGUUGAGUGUUUGCAAAGUAUCACAGUGGUUGGUGAACAGUUCGAACGAACGGUGGAGCUGAAUGAAAAUGUUACUGUGUAUGAUUUAAAGACGUGUCAUAUCUAUCAUUUUGAUGUAAUAGCCAAGUUCAAGAACGGCAGAUCUUACAAAAUAGCUGUUGACGUAGAUAAUCGAGAUCAGUUGAGUGCCAACAUGUCAAUUUCGUCGGACCUCGUUCUUUGGACGUUCCCACGGGAAGCUUUCGAUUGUUUGGAAAGUUUUCUGAUUCGACAGGCGAUUCCGUUAAAACGGUUGAUAUCCGAAAAUAAUUACUUGUUAACAAACGAAAGCACAUCCGGAGAAUUUUCCUAUCAGCUCAUCGAUCAGGAUGAAAAGUGUGCGGCACGUAUUAUUACUAUCACACCUCAGUAUCGGUUAGGAAUUAGUGGCAGGCCAACGAGGAAUACUUUUAAACUAGCAGAAAUUGGUCCGUUGAAGUACGAAGAUGUGACAGUCGAAAAUGUGCAGGGGAGAAAAGUGAUGGUAUCCUGGAAGAAACCCACCCUAAACGGUGAAUGUGCCAAGCAAUACAGAAUAUCCUAUUUGGAUCAGACAGUUUGGGUGGAUGCUAACGAAAGUAAUACAACGAUUAGUGGCUUAAAUGCAUGUCAAGCGUAUCUGUUUACCGUCGAGCUGUUCGACGUGGAAGGGGAGAUAAAGUCGCGAGUGGUGAGAAGCGUAACCAUUCAAGAAGAAGUGAUUGGCAGUGUAACGAGCUUGCAGAUAAUCGAAAAUAACGCGGGCAUCCUGUGGUUGCGAUGGGAAGUUCCCGAUGAAUGGGUGUAUUGUGUAGGUUCUUAUCACGUGGAAGAGCGAUACUAUGACGCUACAAAACGAGGGGAGAUGUGGAACAGCAUUGAACUUACAGAACCGAACGCAACUGCCAUCCAGCUUAAAACCCCUCACAUUUGUCUACUAACGAAUGUCAGCGUCACACCGGUUUCGAAAACCAACAUUUCGGGAGCAACUUCCUACAUCGACCUUCGAGGUCCGGUUCAGCGGCUAGAAGUUCGGCAAAAUGCUUCCGAUUCAGUAACGAUCAGCUGGGAACCGCCACAGUUUGUAUCGAAAUGCAUUACCCACUACUUGGUCUUCAGGAAUGGCCUUUCGGAUCCUAUUGUAAAUACUACAUCCAGUCAAGUUUUAAUAUCUGAUCUGAAAUUAUGCAAGAAGUAUGUGUUUCAAGUUGUGCCCGUUAGUGAGAGUCAAACUACACAUUCGAGUUCGGAAGUUGGUGUCCUACUAGAAGAGCAUAUCUCCGCAGUUCGUUCAGUGUCGACUACAUUCAACCUUAUUCAAUGGGAGCCACCUAGUGAAGGAGCUGGGUGUGUCGCGCAAUACUUGAUUACCCAAACCGACCCGGAUUCCGGCAGGCUGUUGGUUAAUCGAACUGUCGAUACAAGACUGUACGAUUUAUCAGAAUUGGACACCAGGAAAGCAACUGACACAUGUACGGUGCCAACUAACGUUCGUAUAACUCCGAUAUCAAAAAGCGGAAUACUGGGUGAAUCACGAGAACUGGCGCCAAGGCUAGGUCCAGUCCGAAAUGUUACAAUCGAUGAUAGCGUUGAGCGACAGAUCGAACUCCGCUGGGAGCCACCGAGAUUAUGCGCACAAUUUGUCAAAGCAUAUCGGAUUACAUAUCUCGAGAAGGAAAUCAUAAAGGAUUCAACCGAAGAAACUUCCGUAACGGUUUUCGGGUUGGAUGCAUGUGUAAAAUAUGAUUUUAUGAUUACCGCGAUCAAUUGCGAUGACGUGGACGGAAAGGAACGGAAUGUUUCGGCUACCGUUAAGGAAGAAAAACCGAGCAUCGUAGAGGAUCUGGAAGCUUACGAGAUAGAACCGAGGUCAUUGUCUGCCAAAUGGAAACCACCAUUUGAGAAUGGAACACAUUGCGUCCUCUACUAUCGCGUUGUGGCGUGGGUUGGUGAUAAUAGGCACGUGUUCGACAACAAUACCACCGAUUUGCAUGUAACACUGGGUGAGGUGAUGGCGUGUGCAACCUAUACUGUACAAGUGAUUCCGGUCUCCAAAACCAUGGAUGGACUAAAUACUGCCGUUGAUAUCUUAACUAAAGAAAGAGUCAUCAUGAAGUACCACAUUCAAGCAGUUCGUUCGACAAAUCAAACGGCACGUAGUUUGGAGCUGCAAACCAGUCUGACCAGUGAGAACAAUAAUCUGUGCACUCUGGUGAUGGUACGGUUCAUCUGUCGAACUAAUGUCGUACCAGAGGGAGAAGAACCCAAAGUGUUCUGGGGUGACUCGCAGAUCUCGGAUCCGAAUGCGACGUACACAGCUGUCGUGGAAUCACUGGAACCAUUCACCGAGUAUAAUUGCACCGCAAGCAUCGAAAACAAUGCCGGCUAUUCGGAGGAAUCGACUGCAAUUGAGUUUCGAACGGAUGAAGAUUUUCCAGAAUAUCCUCGCAUAUUGAAUUUGAUCGGUGGAUAUCGCCAUAUGAACGUCAGUUGGGAAGCUCCUUUGGUGAAGAAUGGUGUCAUCACUCGGUAUCGGAUCCACAUCCGUUCGAGUGGUGCCGACUAUCCGAGGCCCAGUUACUGCGCAUUGCUGGACGAUUUUGAUGAAACAAUCGAUUAUCAUCUCGAUGAAAACAUAUCCGCAGUCACGGACUCGACCGAGCGGAACUUGAUUCAUACUGUAUUGAACUUGAGGCCCUUUGAAAAUUAUGUGGUACAGGUAGCGGCGGCAACUAAAGCCGGUCUCGGUCCAUACUCAGAAAUGGUAGGGCAGCGAACUCUACCAGCGCAACCUGAUUCUGUGUAUGAGAUUUCCGAAUACAAUGUCACCCUGCCAUCGGUGGAUGAACCCUACAAUUCGUCCGUAUUCGUUUCAUGGCUUCUACCAUGUCACCUAAACGGAAAUCUGCGCAGUUUUAUUGGUCAGUUUAUCGGUUUCAGAGCAGGUUUAGAGCAUACGCUUGACUGGAGUCUGACGAUAGCGGAUGGCGAUGUUGUAAGCGAAAAGUACACUUUCGUGGAGCAUCGGCUCGAACCGGAGUUUCGCUACAAUGUUUCCAUUGUGGUGUUCGUCAACGACGUAGCCAAUCACAGCGAUCCGAAAUUCCUUUCGUUUGAUUCCCCUGCCGGAAUACCCGUCAUCAAAGACGACGUAAACUGGGGCACUGUCGACGUUAUGGAGGCCCCUAAUCCGACCCAAACGGCUAAGAUAAUUUUAUCGCACAGCAUUUUCGAUUCGCACGUCGGAAACAUUCGGCAUGUUGCCCUCCUGCUGGCGGAGCGCCACUGCCAGGAGGAUCCGGUUCCGUGUCGGAAUCUGUCCACAGGCUGGCCUGACCUACGGUCCUGGUCCGAUGUGGCCGGCAUGCGGUGUAUUGCUCAGUAUCAAACGACUCCGCAGGAAUGGAGUCCUGUGCAGGUAGCUGGCGCGGAUCUUCAGGGCCGUGAACAAGAUCCGGUGGUCUACGUUAUUGGUAAUGAGACAUGCGACGAACGGGUAGGCUACUGUAAUGGACCAUUGAAACCCGGCACGGAGUAUGCAUUGAUUGUGAGAGUUUUCACUCAGAGCGGGUUUAGCGAUUCGCCGAUACAAUUUUUUCGAACAGACUCAUUAAUUCAGCUCACCGUUAUUGUUAGCAUAAUUUUCGUUUGCCUGUUGGUGGCGUUUAUUCUUGGGAUUGUGGUUCUGUGGCGCAGCCACAAACUGGUUGCAGCUGCGCAAGCCGCCGUUCGUUCGCCAAAUGACGAACCGUCCGAUAUUCCUCUGAAGAGUUUCUCCGGAAUCUACGAGGAGUUGAUACAGUCGAACAGGGAAAAAAUUACGAAGGAGUACCAGUCAAUCAACUAUUUUUCGGACCAAUUGCUCAACGAGACGGUUACGUUUUUCGUUGGGAAAGAAAAUGAAAAGAAGAAUCGAUACCUGGGAAUUAUACCGUACGAUGGCAACCGUGUGCUGCUGGACUACGACGACAUUGUGGGCGACGAAGAUGAGGAGGUGAACGAUUACAUUAACGCAUCGUUUAUCGAUGGGUACAAGUACCAGCGGGAGUACAUUGCGACGCAGGGACCGAAGAAGGAGACGAGUUUCGAUUUUUGGCGUAUGAUUUUGCAGUACGAAGUUGAAUCGAUAGUGAUGCUGACGCAAACGGUGGAAAACGAUAAGAUUAAAUGCUAUCAGUAUUUUCCGCGCUACAGCCAACAGGCGAGCUUCCGGGAUAUAACGAUCAAGUGCACGCAGGAGAUGAAUUUGACCUUCUAUCAGAAGCGUUUGCUAAUGGUUACGAGGGGAAACAUUCGUAGAGCAGUCUUCCAUUAUCACUUCCUCGUGUGGCCGGACCACGGGUGCCCCGCCAGUCCGACGGAUUUGAUUAAAUUCAUAAAAAUUGUACGAUCAGAGAGAAAGAACCUCGCCCUACCGGUCGUUGUUCACUGCAGUGCCGGAGUGGGUCGAACAGGGACACUGAUUGCACUGGACAUCAUCAUCCAGCGGAUACAGCAGGAGAAAAAAAUCAACAUCUACGACACGGUGAAACAGUUGCGCCGGCAGCGGGUGAAAAUGGUACAGACUUGUGAACAAUAUGCAUUUUUGUACCAAAGUUGUUUAGAAUAUACGACAAGAAAUGGCAGAAAGAAACCAAAGACCAGUAAUGAAGAGAUUAGUACCAGAAGCAGUUUGAGCAGCAGCGUACCGAACGGAAGUUUUCGGAAACCAAGGAUCAACAUUAAAUUUCCAAAAUAUGUUCAGAGCGGAAUUGCCAAUGUCAAAACCUAUGUACCGGACGACAUUGAGACCCGUUCCUAG